CAACGGUGUAUGUCCGCCGACACAUAAAUUAGAAGGAGACUUCUCUUCUAUCUUCAAAAAUUCAAAAACCCAAGUUAACACGAUGAUCAUUGACCCAUGUAAUAACCAUUUAUUUCUUUCUUAAAUACACUCUACCUGCCCAUCUAACAUCUGCCUUUUCUUUUUUUCGCCUUAAAUACUCCAUGCAACCCCUCCUCCUUCAUUACAGCCCCUGUUGCCCUCAUUUUCAUUACAUUCCAUUGCAUUCCCUACUACAGUACUAAUGUCAAGAUUCCUGUUUUUGUUUACAAUCUUUCUUUCUAUUUCUAGCUCAUGUUCUUCUGGCUCAUCUACUGCUGACUAUAUCCAAAAUGAAUGCUUAAAGGUGCCGAUUUCUGCAUUUGUUGGCUCUUUGGAAGCUACUCUUGGCAUCAUUAGAGAUGUCACUUCUACCAUCUCGAAUUUUGGUAACUUCUUUGGUGAUUUUCGUUUAUCUAAUGCUAUAUCUGACUGUCUUGACUUGCUGGAUUUCUCUGCUGAUGAAUUAAGCUGGUCCAUGUCUGCUUCUCAGAAUCCUAAGGGUAAACAUAACAGCACCGGUGAUCUAAGUUCUGAUUUAAGAACAUGGUUAAGUGCUGCAUUUGUUAAUCAAGGAACAUGCAUUGAUGGAUUUGAAGGAACCAGUGGCAUUCUCAAGGCAUUAGUCGGCGGUGGUCUUAACCAGAUCACUUCAUUAAUCCAAGAACUUCUAAGUAAGGUGGACGCAAAACCCGAUUAUUAUAGCAAAAGUGGCAAGAAUGAUGAUUUCCCUUUGUGGGUUAAGCAUGAAGAUCGUAAAUUGUUAGUGAUAAAAGGGGUGACACCUGAUGCUAUAGUAGCAGCAGAUGGGACUGGGAAUUUCACUAAGAUAAUGGAUGCAGUAUCAGCAGCACCUGAUUAUAGUUUCCGUCGCUAUAUCAUAUAUAUUAAGAAGGGUUUUUAUAAUGAGUAUGUGGAGAUCAAGAAGAAAAAAUGGAAUCUAAUGAUGAUUGGUGACGGCAUGGGCGUCACUGUAAUUUCUGGUAACCGGAAUUUCAUUGAUGGUUGGACCACUUUUCGAAGUGCAACAUUUGCUGUUAGUGGGAGAGGAUUCAUAGCUCAAGGCAUAACUUUUGAGAAUACUGCCGGACCUUCAAAGCACCAAGCAGUUGCCCUCCGAUCCGAUUCGGACCUAUCAGUCUUUUAUAGGUGUGAAAUUAGGGGCUACCAAGAUACACUCUACACUCAUACAAUGCGACAAUUCUACCGCGAAUGCCGUAUCAGUGGCACUGUAGAUUUCAUUUUUGGCGAUGCCACUGCAGUUUUCCAGAAUUGCCAAAUUCUAGCCAAGAGAGGUCUACCAAACCAAAAGAACACCAUUACAGCUCACGGCCGCAAGGACCCCAAUCAACCAACUGGAUACUCUAUCCAGUUCUGCAACAUUUCAGCAGAUAUUGAUCUCUUACCUUAUGCCAACUCCACAUACACAUAUCUUGGUAGACCCUGGAAAAAUUUUUCAAGAACUGUAGUGAUGCAAUCCUAUAUGAGUGAUGCAUUAAGGCCAGAAGGAUGGCUUGAAUGGAAUGGCAACAUGUACCUGGAUACUUUGUACUAUGGCGAGUACUCGAAUUAUGGGCCAGGAGCUGGGCAGACUAAGAGGGUGAAAUGGCCUGGAUAUCACAUCUUUAAUUCUUCCUAUCAGGCCAAUAAUUUUACAGUAUCCCAAUUCAUUGAAGGAAACUUGUGGUUGCCGUCAACAGGAGUGAAAUACACUGCAGGUUUAGGGGUCUAAUUUCUAAUUAAUAGUGAAUGCAUGGUGCCUGCGCUUAUUCUAUGUUAAAGUAGUUUUAAGUAUACUUGUUCAGGGUUUUUUGUGUGUUUUUUUUUUUUUUCAAGUCCCCUAUAUUCUUUUGGAUGAAGAUUUAUAGGUUCUUCUUUUUCAGUUUCUCUUUAUAUUUCUUUAGUUCCUGUUAUUUUGUCAAUUGGCAAUGAGUUGUAUUAAAGAGGGGAACUUGAUGUAUUAACAACUAGCGAAUACGUGCAUUCCAGUUUCCAGACAUUGGUAUGCUUUGCUUAUUGGGCUUUACUUGCCCCCAUUAUGAAAGAUGAUAACGUUAAUAUC